ACCUCUCUGAAACCGUUGACAUCACGAACGGCGAAAUGGCGGGAAAAACGAUUAUCAUUGAGGUAGUUGGACGAACAUCGAGGUUCGGACGGCAAUUUCACUCCAUGACGGUGUAUCAAUACCAAGGUAUUUAUACUUAUGAACGCUCAGAUAUCAUUUACAUUCCAAAUCGCACUGUUUCUGACUGUAAUAUGGACUUCGCCAUGGUCACCUUUCUAUCCAGCCCUAAUUAUGGACCCAGACUCGAUUAA